UUUUCCUCUUCUUUUUCAUUAAUGGGGAAUUGCCAAGCCAUUGAUAAAGCAACACUAGUGAUACAACACCAAAGUGGGAAAAUAGAAAGGUUUUAUUCUUCUGUUAGUGCCACUCAUGUUAUGAAAACAAACCCUGGUCAUUAUGUUGCCCUCGUUGUCUCCACCACCUUGUGUGCAACAACAAGUAGCAACAACAACAACAACAAAAACGUUAACAAUAAUAAUAACAACCAAAUUCGUGUAACUUGCAUCAAGCUUCUCAAGCCCACAGAUACACUCCUUCUUGGCCAUGUUUAUAGGCUUGUUACUACUCAAGAGGUUAUGAAGGGGCUAAGAGAAAGGAAGCACACAAAGAAGAAAAACAAGUUAGAAUCAGCCCAGAAACUAGGUUGUGUUAGGAAAAAGAAUAGGUUGGAAAUGGAGAAAGCAGCAAGAAUGUUUGACCCGGAAGACAUCCAGGUAAGUCUCAACUCUCAACCAAAAAUUAUAUAUUUUUUUCCUUCCUUCUCUAAACUGUUUUUAUCAUUGUUCUUUUAAUUUUUAACUUUCAAGUAAUAUUAGUUUGGUGCUUCUUGUAGUUUUUUUCUGCAUAUUCAAAAGGAAUAUCAUCGCACCCUAAAAAAAAGUAUAAUGUCCAAUAAAAUUGUCCUAAAUGAAAGAAGGGAAAUGACGGUUUUAUUCUCAUUUUUUAUAUUAUCACUCUUUGUAUGAUUUUUUUUUAUUGUAUCUUUGUAUGAAUUCGUAGAAAAAAAGAGUAACUAUUAAAAGAGGAAUGGCAUUAUCAUGUUCUACAAAAGAAUUACAUUCAUUAUUUUGGAGUGUUAUUGGAACUAAAAUUUUUUUAGUGUUAAAUUUUGAUUUUAUUCAAAUGUUAUGAAUGCUAUGUAUGGAUAUAUACUAUUAAGGCUUGAUUUAUUAGUUUCUUUGGGGUAAUUGAUAUGUUCUUAGUAAUAAUCUUCCCUUCACAUUGGAAUGAGACAUCUACAUAAAAAAUAGUAGAUGACAA